AUGAAUCUUUUUACUCGUCUCCGGAGCAAUACAAAGGGUAAAAACGCAGAACAGACACCGGACCAAUCAACUAUCGAUCCACACCAAUGGAAACUCCCAUCCACCUACGUAACAUCUGGAGCAGGACCAACAACGAUUCCCGAUCCGAAAGUCUUUGCCAAUGUAUUCUCUAUCCCAACCGAAUUUGAGUCUGUUGGAGUUGAGACACUUUUGGCAUAUCCCGAUGCCAGCCAUGCUGCUGUUCAUCUCGCCUUGCUUGAGUGUUUUCGUAACUUGAGAGCCAGCGCCAGAGCCCUUGACGUCAGCGUCGUUCAACCACCAUCGUACAAUGAAAAGUCUACAGCAAAGUCAUCUGCAGAAACUGCACCACUGCCGGAAUCUCAAAGAUGGGAUUUUCUCAUCAAGUUGGCUGUCACACGCUUCAUGGCUUGGUGGGAUAACAUUGACAUGGUGUUGAAUCACGCCAGUGUCUAUUCUCAUCAUGCUGGUAGCCAUGUGGCCCUUCAACUCACAAAAGAUUACCUUCCACCUCUGGAUAUACUUCUUGUGUGGUAUUCCUUGAUGCUGAACACGAGUGCUUACGAUGCUGCAUGUGAAGCUCAUGAUGGAAAUGCCGCGCGUCUCAAGAACCUCUGCUUUCCCUGGCCGGCUGUACGUGAUGUGAUUGAUAUGGACAAAAUGGAAUAUGAAUUACCCCGCGCUGCCCAGAAUCUCUUCAGGAAUCUAUCAUCGCAGUCCUGCGACAUUCUUACAUAUCUCGACAGUCCUCCAGCAUACACUGAUCCAGGGAAAUUAUUAUUCAAAACAGAUCUGUUCAGUGAGGUCAAGAAGCACGACAGCUUCAUCAAUGAAUCUCAUCAACGACUAUGGAUACGCUCUCCCGCUUUGCAUGGAUCAUUGGGUCGUGCGGGUGGGGAGUAUCUAGACUUUCACUUGCGAGAGCCUAAUGCUGUUGAGGAGGAUAUGUUGGAAAGUUUGUCUUUUGGCGUCCAACUAUUUUGGAAAACACAUCGGCUAUUUCCUAGGCAGUACAAAGCCUUUCUGGUGGAGAUUAAAAAGAACAAAGCAGAACCCAACUCAAAGGAUGAUUUGAAAAUAAUUUUGGACGGGGAAGAUGAGCCACUCGAAUCCAGCCAGUGCUGUUGCUGCUGGAUCUGCGAACGAAUUCGAGACGAUGUGUCAGAAUUCUAUCACACCCAAUCAUCGACUUCGCCAUACUCUCCAUCGACAGCUGCGCCACCAGAUACGGUUCAGAAACAACUUUCAUCACUUUCUUCCGAGCAACUGCGCCAAAUACAAGACGAUUUGGGUUUUUACCUCGCCGUCGAAGAUGCUCGCAAACGCAAAGUUCCUCUACCCACAAGGCCACCGACUGCAGCUGAGAAAGAUGCAGAUAAGAUAGCUAAACAGAGACAAAAGGAGAUUGGAUAUUUACCAGGACUGAAUGAAUACGUUGAGGUUUUACCAGAUGGGACACGAAAGAUACGGCAGAGAAAAGGAAAGGGAAAUAGAUAUUACUACAUGAUGGCAUUGUAG